ACCACGGAGCAGCUGCCAAACGGCUGCGUUGGACAACGGGGUGGCCGAGCCGAGCCCCGCAGCCAGGCCGGGGAGGGUGACAAUCUCCCAGCGGGACGGACACGGCCGAGGGAGCCCCACGGUGACACGAUGGGUGGUGGGAGGGGAGCAGAUCCAUGAAGAUCCUCGGAGUUGGGGCUCAGGGCACGGAGCAAAGCUGCCCCGGCUGAGGCAGAUCCAGAGCGGGAUCACGGCCGCGAGAGCCUCGGCAGGGCCGGGAGUGCCGCGGGCUCCUGCAGGACGUGGAUGCUGAAGGACGAUGCCGGGUGGAGCCGGUGGCCGGGUGGUGCUGCUGCUGAUGUCUCUGUCCCUCAGCUUCGCAGCCGAGGAGCUGCUGUGUGCCUGCGAUGUGCCCCACUGCAGCCAGCCCAACUGCACGGGCAAGGUGUGCUUCGUCAGCAAGAGGAGGGAGGAGGGAACCAUCACCCAGCACCGGGGCUGCUUCUCCCAGAACAUCCUGGAGCACUGCCACACGCCCGUGACGGAGCAGUACGGCACGAGGUGCUGCAACUUCCGCAUGUGCAACGCUGAGCUGGAGAUCUUCCUGCAAGGAGAAGAUGCCCUGGUAAAGACGCCUUCCCUACCCAACCUCCUGCUGAUGAUCUUCGUCCCACUGCUCUCCCUCCUCGUCCUCGCGGCACUCACGGCGCUCUUCUGCUGGAAGGUGGCCCAGCACCGCCACAAACACAGUGAUUUUGGUGACACAGACCUCAUGCUGAAGGCAUCCAUGAUGGGAGACAGCACCUUAGAGGAGCUGCUGAACGAUGACUGCACCACGGGCAGUGGUUCUGGGCUGCCUUUCCUCGUCCAGCGCACGGUGGCUCGGCAGAUCACCCUCAUGGAGUGUGUGGGUAAAGGGCGCUACGGCGAGGUGUGGCGGGGAGUGUGGCACGGCGAGAGCGUGGCCGUGAAGAUCUUCUCCUCCCGGGACGAGCAGUCGUGGUUCCGCGAGACGGAGAUCUACAACACCGUCCUCCUCCGGCACGACAACAUCCUGGGUUUCAUCGCCUCUGACAUGACGUCCAGGAACUCCAGCACGCAGCUGUGGCUCAUCACACACUACCACGAGAACGGCUCUCUCUACGACUUCCUGCAGAGGACAGCCCUGGACGUGGAGACCUGCCUGGGCUUGGCCUCCUCCAUCAUCUGUGGCCUCGUCCACCUCCACGUGGAGAUUUUUGGCACGCAAGGCAAACCUGCCAUCGCCCACCGGGACCUGAAAAGCAGGAACAUCCUGGUGAAAAGCAACCGGCAGUGCUGCAUUGCAGACCUGGGGCUGGCGGUCAUGCACUCCCAGGGCAGCGAUUACCUGGACAUCGGCAACAACCCCCGGGUGGGCACCAAGCGCUACAUGGCCCCGGAGGUGCUGAGCGAGCAGAUCCGCACCGAUUGCUUCGAGUCCUACAAGAAAACGGACAUUUGGGCGUACGGGCUGGUGCUGUGGGAGAUCACCCGGCGGACGGUGGUGAACGGCAUCGUGGAGGAGUAUCGGCCACCCUUCUUCGACGCCGUGCCCAGCGACCCCAGCUUCGAGGACAUGAAGAAGGUGGUGUGUGUGGACCAGCAGACCCCCGUGAUCCCAAACCGCCUCUUCUCAGACUCGGUGCUGUCGGCACUGGCGAAGAUCAUGAAGGAGUGCUGGUACCAGAGCCCCACGGCCCGUCUCACCGCCCUGCGCAUUAAAAAGACCUUGAAGAAGCUGAACAAUUCCGCAGAGAAGCCAAAAGCGGAGCAGUGAGAGCCGGGAACCGGACACCGGAGCCACGGACGGGCUGCACCGGGGACGGGAUGGCUCCGGUCACAGAGGGGAUUUGCUCGCAGCUCCUGCCUCGCCCACCUUCGAGCCGGUCGAAUUUGCAAGCACGGAAAAAAUAGGAAAAAAAACCCCAAACACCAAAGGAGGAAUCUUCCACCCGGCCAUAAAAAUAUCCCCUGGAUCCGUCACCCGACACCGACGCGUCUCACUGUGCCGGCGGGGAUGGCAGCUGCUCGCCCACCCCGAGUCCCCGGGCUGGUGCCAGGGCGAGGGGCAGCGAUGGCAAAGCCCCCCCUGUGCCCCCCCCGGGGCACCCACCCAGCUCCGGCUCCAUCGCCGGCCACCGAGCUGCCCAGUGUCGCCCUGAAAACUCCUCGGCAGAGCUGCGGUGCCCGGAGCACCCCUGGCUAAAGGAGGGAGAGGUUUUGCUGGGAAAGGAUGGUCCAAGGGCAGCAUCCCCCUGGUCGGGCCAGAUCCGCACCCCGGAUUGUGGGGAUCCCAAAAAUGAAGAGCUGCCGGCGUCCAGCGUGGCCUGAGAGUUCCACGUGCCGGAUGGGGGUCCCGUGGUGAUCCUUCCUCGCCGAGCAACCAGCAUGCCCCUCGCCAAAGAACUGUCCUUUUGCCAAUAUUUUGGUGUUUUUCGAGGUGUUUUGGCUCGGCUGGCUUCAUCCUGCAUUGCUCCCUGCCAUCCCAAAAUCCACCCCAUGCUUGGAGAUGCUUGGACAUGACCAGGAUGGGACGUUCAGCAGAACCAGCUUUGCCACAUAACUAUUUAAUUAUUAAGAUUUAAUAUAUUUAA